UGUGAGCUUCAUCUUAAAACAAUACAGCCUUGCUUAAAGACUCAUGUAAAAAUGCUGCAAAUCUUGGCAAUAAUACUUUUCUUCAAUUUCACUGUCGUGUUCUCCACUGGUAAUCCUGGGAGUAAAUCAUCAUGUAUCUACAAAGCAGUGGGUGAAAAAGUUAUUAUUCAAAUGGAUAAGGAAAAAUUACAAGCUGAAAGCCAUGUGACCUGGACGCAUAAUCAAAAGAGAGUGUAUGUUCAGAGGGGCAUGAAAGUUACAGUCAAAGAGCUCGACAUAGACCACACUGGAUCUCUGAUACUGGAGAACAUACGGUUAGAUCAGUCAGGGGAGUACAUGGGUGAAGUCUUUAACAGUAACGGAAAAUUUUUAAAGAAAAAUGAAUCACAGCUCUGUGUGCAAGAGCCAGUGGCCGAACCUACAGUCAUAUUCAAGUGUGAAGAAAACAGAGUCACUCUAACUUGUAAUGGGAUGAACCACUCUGAGGUUGUUGUGUCAUGGAUAAAAAAUGGAAAGAAUGAGUCCAUCAUGGCAAAUGCUGUUUUACAUGUAAACUCAUCUGACCUCAAGGCUGGAGAUAAGUUCUCAUGCACAGUCAGAAACAUGAUUAGUGUAAAGUCAGCAAAAGACGUCCAGCCUUUAUGCUCUGAUUCAGGCCAACAUCCAAUGAAUGACAAUAAAGAAAAAGAAGUGAAGAGCGACAAGGGAAAUAAAAAAGACGACGUGUCUGAGAAAACAUUUCUCUUUGGCUUGGACUUUUGGUGGAUGUUAAUGGUCCUGACAGGAGGUGGCACUUUCCUCCUCAUACUCCUCCUCAUUUGUAUAGUCUGUCUCUGCCGCUGCUGCAAACAGAGCGAGAAACUCGCGAAAGAGGAGCAAGAGUUUCGGCUAAUCUCUCUAAUGCCAGAUCAGCCUGAUUGCCAGUACAAUCAAGAAACUGCAUCUCAAAGGCCAUCCAAAAGCCAGCGUCCUCUUCCACCCAUACCCGGCCCCCGAAGACCCCCUAGUGAUGCACCCUCUUAUAUUUAGAUUAAUCUGUCCUUCCACAAACAUUGAGACCACCAAGAUCAUCAUGUUAAAUAAGUAUUGUUUAUAUAAUGUUUAAUUUCUGAUUUAUAUUUUACUAGCCAAAAGUUUUGACAUACCUACUCAUUUUGUAAUAUUUCAAUUUUCCUCAUUGUAGGGGGCCUGGGUAGCUCAGCGAGUAAAGACACUGACUACCACCCCUGGAGUCGUAAGUUUGAAUCCAGGGCUUGCUGAAUGACGCCAGCCAUGUCUCCUAAGCAACUAAAUUGGCCCGGUUGCUAGGGAGGGUAGAGUCACAUGGGGUAACCUCCUCGUGGUCGCUAUAAUGUGGUUCUCACUCUCGGUGGGGCGCGUGAUGAGUUGUGCGUGGAUGUCACGGAGAAUAGCGUGAAGCCUCCACAAGCGCUAUGUCUCCGCGGUAACGCGCUCAACAAGCCACGUGAUAAGAUGCGUGAAUUGACGGUCUCAGACGCGGAGGCAACUGAGAUUCAUCCUCUGCCAUCCGAAUUGAGGCGGGUCACUACGCCACCACGAGGACUUAGAGUGCAUUGGGAAUUGGGCAUUCCAAAUUGGGGAGAAAAGGGGAGGGAAAUUUUUUUUCCACAUUGUAGAAUAAUUGUAAAGUCAACAAAACUCAAAUGGAAGUAUGGGAAUUAUGUAGCAACCAAAAAUGUUUAAUCCUCAUAUUAUUUCAGAUUUUAUUUUCUUAAAAUGAGUCACCCUUUGUCUAGAUUACUGCUCUGCUCACUCUGGACAUUCUCUCAAACAACUUCAUGAAGUGCAUUCUGAGAUGCUUUUUAAACAGCACUGAAGGUGUUCCCAUGUUCGCUAGACACAAGUUGAAUGCUUUCCUACAUUAUCUGGUCCAAUUAAUCCACUUAAAAAAUACAAAUGAAUACAAAUGUAAUACAAUAAAAAUGUAAUAAAUUAUAGUUUUGUAAAAACAUUGAAACAUUUAGAUCAUACGGGUUUUAAAAAAUAUACUUUGUAUUAAAAAAACAUAAACUGUCAAGUCUAUGUAUAUGUAUAUUCGAUUUUUUUUCCCUACACAAACAACAUAUCAAUAAUUCCCUUUGUAAAUAUGAAUAUUCCACUGAAACUAGGUCAUUUCCGCAGGGUAUAUGCACUUCUACAGAAACUAUUGUGAUGGUGCUCUGCAAGACCACCUUUGUUCAUGCAAGCACAACAGACAUUGCACUUUUCCUGUUUUAACUGAUCUUAGUGAAUUGUGGUUGCAAGAUCUGCUCUAACAAAAUGCAUUACAUAAAUAUCUCCCACACAGUCACUCAGUUCAUAUGAUUUACUUGAUUUACUGUGUUCAUUAAUCGUUUCAAGCAACAAACAACCAAACAACAACCAAUUUUAAGUAAUAUUAAAGUUAUAGGUUUUAAGGACAUAUUUAUGAGAAAAAAUUGGAAACUUGAAGAUGAUGGACAGAGCAUUUUUCAUUUAGCCAAAUUACAUAGAGACCUAUCAAAUCACAGUUUUACUAACCGAAAAUGUUCAAGUGAAAAGCAUGAAAGGCCAUGAGGUUUCCCACAUGUGGUGUGUGAAAACUAUAAAGCUCUCUUGGUUGUUUAGGUUUGCAUGUGUGAACAUGUGGGCACUUCUGUUUGCUGUUUAUCAUAUUGAGCUUUGCACAGAAAUAUGCAUUUGUCAUUGUGUGAUUCAAUAAAAUGAAUAUACUUUUAUUACUAAAUGUCUUGCGUCCCCCUGAAAAUGUGAGUUGAAUGCUAUUUUUUGAGGUACUUUACACAAAGUCCAAAACAAAACUUGAUUGUUUUAAUGAGAAGUAAAUGGAAUAUGUU